AAUGGGCUGUCUAUUUUUAACCUCCUGUUCUUUCCUUCUGUUCAUGUAAUCAGGGCUGUGGGAGAUUUUCUCCUGAAUGGUUCCAAAUCUUCUUCCUUGCUGCUUUCCCAAACCUUCAGCUUAUUAGGGAGUCACCCCAGAGCUGAUUUUAUUCCCCCCCUUUAACCUGGCACUGGAGACGUCAUGGCAGAGGAGAGGAAAAAUCCUGGAGAGCUCUCAACAACUACAGUCAGUUCUGUGGCCAUACAAGCUGGGGAUUCCAGGAUAGUGGUGGCUAUACUCAAGUGUGGAGCACUGGUGGAGCUGCAACUUGCUGAAUCCAUUCCAAACUUACUUGAGAUUGGAUCAAACCAGGAUGAAACCCAAAAAUUACUACAAGAUCAUGAAAUGCUCCUUGGCAAACUUAAGUCAUUGGAAGAUAAUGUGUGGGAUCUGCUAUGUGAAGCAGACAAGACAGCUGAAGAAAACCCAGAACAAGGCCAAGUGUAUGAUGCCAUGGCGGUGACCCUUAAGGAUGCCUGGGAGGCCCUAAUCAGUGCCCUGGAGAAUAGACAAGCUCUCCUAAAAUUGGCUUCAGCAUUCUUUCGAAUGGUGCUAGAGUUUGCUGCAACACUAGAUCAAGCAGAAGACUUCCUUCACAGUUCCUUGGCCCAGGACUCAGUCGAGUCUGUUACAGAAAUUCUUCACCAGCAUCAAAGUCAUACGAAGGCUCUGCUAGGAAGGUCACUGGCUGCACUGAACAAAAGCCACGAACUGACAGGACUCAUAGAAGAGUUCAAGUCGAACCCAUCCAUUGCAAACUCUGAGAUGAUCCGUCAGGCCAGAAUCAGCUGCAGGAAGGUCGAGAGCCUCCUGGAGUCACUGCAGGACAGGAGGCGGCAGCUGGAUAAGCAACUGAGGCAAAAGCGAGGAAGGCUGGAGAAGGUUCUGCAAGUUAUUCAGUGGCACCAACAGGAGGAUAAGGUAACUUGUUGGUUGCAGAAACACAUAGACUUGUAUUUGAAGAAUGGCCAACUUGGUGCGUCGCUAACAGAAAAUGAAGAGCUUAUCCACAAGCACAGCCAGCUGGCCCUAGAUGCCAAGCAAUGGACAUUAGCCAUUGACAAGUUAAAAACCGAAGCCAGCAGGAUAGGAACACUGGAGAGCUGUGAGGAAAAUGGGACCCCAGAAGAUUUAAAUGAGAGACUAAAGAAGCUUCAUGCUGAGUUCUGGGAGCUGAUGGAUGAAAGGCUGGAUGUAUUGCAGGAAGCCAAUGCGUUUUUUAAAAGUGUUAACAAGGCAUUUGACAAACUGGGGAGUAUUGAAACAAACUUAAAACAAUGGAAGAGCCAAGGUCGGAACCUGGUGCAUCUCACAGUGAAGCAGAGAGAAGCGGAAGCAGAAAUUAGGAACUGUACCACCGACCCCUUCCAGAAGGGAAAAGCUCUGCUCUCAAAGUCUCUCAGUGGCUCUGCCAUGUCUGGAAUUCAGGAAAUGAUUGGGUACCUCCAGAAACGAGUAGAUCAGCUAACUGUCCAGAUCAGUGCGCCGAAUGAGCAAGCCUUAAAGGAACAACAAAAUGCCGUGACACCAGAGGAGCAUCUUAGGAAGGUGUCACUGUGGCUUCAGAGAAUAACUGCAGACCUGGAAAGAUACAGUGAACCUGGAUGGAGUCUGGCUGAGUGUGAGGAAGCCCUGAGUAAACUUAUAGAGCUGGCUAACCAAGCAAAGGAGGCAUCUCAAUACAUGGAAUCAGCUAGGAAGACCUUAAAAGAAGAUGUUCAAAUGUUUCCCUUGGGCACAGAAGAAUUUAGCAGCCGCACUCAUCUCCUGGAAGAACAAUUAAAAGAUUUGGAUCAAAGUAUUGAUGAAAAACUGGAAUGUCUAAAUGUAUACAUAGCAUUUUUAAAAGCAUCAUCAGAGCUGAAACCUGCCAUCCAGAGUCUGAGAAAACUGUAUACAUCCAGUACGGAAGAAGGCACAGAGACGGAUGUUUCAUUAGCCCUAAAAUCAGCAGAAGCACAGUUACAGUUUGUCCUUACAGAGAUUUCCUCAGUUCAAGAUAUGGGGCAGAACUGCCUAAAUAUCAUAAAAAUGAUGAACAGAAAUACAGUUUUGAACAACAGACAUGCGCAAGUCAUUGAGAGGACAAUUGAUAACUUGAAUAAGGAAAAAAACGAGAUUACAAAUCUGGGUUUAAUAUGGCAGCAACGAGUGAAUCAAGCCAAUUCCACAAAGCAACAAUGGAGGACAAUUAAAGACAAGUUACAGUCAGCUACUGAUGGAUUAGAAGCCCUGGAGAAGGAUCUACAACCAUUUUAUACGCUAAACUUGGGAAAUGACUUCCAAACUAUCCUAAAUGCACAAGAAAAACUAAGUCACAUAAAAAAUAAGUAUCAGAAUCUCAGUGCUGAAGCUGAAUAUGCUAUAAAGAUAUCUGAUCUUCUCACCCGGGAAGGCCCACGAUUGCCGGAAAAAUCUGGCAAAAUAAAUGACUUGGCUGAACUUCACCAAAAAGUAAGGGACAGCAUUGCAGAAUAUGAAGAUAUUUUCAUCAAAGUGGUGGCAUUUUAUCAAGUCAAGACAGAACUGGAAUUUCUUGUUAAAGCGGAACAGAAAUGCCAGUCUGAGCACAUAACCAAUGAUGAACUUCAGCUCAGUCAAAUUCAGGAUCAGCAAACUCAUUUCCAGACUCUGUACAAACUUGUUGUUAACUUGGGAAGAGAAAUCAUUUCAACUAUACAGCAUUCUAAGCACAUCACCAUUCCAGUCAUGGAACUUCAGGAGCAGAUUGCUAAAAUGGAACGUGACAAUGCAUGCUGGAAUUCCACUGUGGACAAACAAGAGAAGCAGCUACUAAGUCAUUUAGAUUUUGGCACAACUAUAGAAGAUAUAAAUGAGCUAAAAGAGUCAUUUAAAGAUCUGAAGAAAAAAUUCAAUAAUUUAAAAUUCAACUACACAAAGAAAGCUGAGAAAGGUCGAAAUCUGAAAGUUAUUAAGAACCAAAUCCAGCAAGUUGAGAUGUAUGCAGAAAGAAUGCAGGCCCUUAGAAAAAAAGUGGAUAAUUUAGGAAAGAAGAUGCCUGUACCUACAGUGACCCCACAAGCUAAUGGGGCGGAUGCUGUCCAGGAAGCAAUGGGAGAUUUUCAGAAACAAGUACAUGACUUUAGCAUUGUUAUAGAGGAAUACAAACAGAAUCUUGAAAUGGCUGAAGACCUCCAUCAUAUUAUGGAAGAGUGCCAGUUCUGGUGUGAAGAAGCCUGUGCCACGGUUGUGAGAGUGGGCCGCUAUUCAGCUGAAUGCAAAACAAAGGAAUCCAUAGAGAUACUUCUAAAGCAGUUCAACAAGUUUGUGCAACCCACUGUCCCACAGCAAGAGGAAAGAAUAGAACAAAUGAGCAGAAUUGCAAGACUUGUCUAUGGGCCAGAUGAUGGGAUGAAAUAUAUCGAGAAGAUGAUAGUAAAACACAAAGAAGCGCUCCAUUCUGUGAAUGAACUAUGUAUUUAUUUAAAGGAACUGGAAGAGAAGUUGGAGGAACCACAAAAAGUUGCACCGGUUUUGUUAGAUGAUGCUCCAGAAGAACCAAUUCUACCUCCAUCUGCAGAACUGCCAACGUUGGCCAAAGACGGUAGUACACUAACAGACACGGAUUUGCAGCCUGAAUUACUAGCAGAGGACGCUGCAUCGGGUGAUGAAUAUGAAUGCAUUUCCCCUGAUGACAUCUCCUUGCCUCCGCUUGCUGAGACUCCUGAAUCCAACCUCCCACAGUCAGAGACAGAGCUGGACGAGCAGCAUUGUUUCAGCUCCCACAGCCUGCAUGUCACCUCCUACAGCUUGCAAAUGCAGAUCAAUGCCACUGGCAAAAAGAUGGUGGACAGGUCUGAACUCUUAACCCCCGUUGCUAAUACUGACGCAUCAAAUCGCAAGAAAGAAAAGACUUCUAAUUAUAGCGAGAGAUUCUCUUCUCCUAGCGUUGGAUAUAAAGUAGAAUCUCCCUUUGCUCAUCAGCCGGCAAUAGUAAAUGAAAUGCGCUAUUCUCUAAAUGCUCCUCCUGCAAAAGCGUCACCCAGCCAUAGCAUGAUGAAUGAAAUGCAUGAAACCCAUUGGCAGCAUCAUUCUGUUUAUGAGAGCACGAAAAAAACCCAACAAUUGCAUGUUACCAAUAACUCUACUAAAACCAAAGAUAGGUUGCAUCCAACCCCAGAUGAUUUCUCAAGUGUCAUGUUUCAAUCAGACCCUGCCAAAAGCUGCCAGAGACACGUGACAGCCCAAGACGCCAUUAAAAGCAAUGCUAGUCUCGUAGGUCAGACGCCUGGCUUCUCCAAACACCUGCCUAAUGUCACUGUUAAGGAAGGUUCUCCAGUGACUUUGGAAGUUGAAGUAACCGGAUACCCAGAACCUGCUGUUACAUGGUGCAGAAAGACAGCAGUGCAUCGGACUGAUCCUUUAUCUGAUUUACAAAAACCAGCACAUCAUCACACCCCAAUUAUUCCGGAGGUACAGGAGACUGAUGCUGCUAAAUACAUUUCCCAGGGCUCAGUAUGCAAAGCCCCCACCUUUAUCUGUGACACCCAGUUAGAAGGCAACAGGCCACCUGUUUUGGAAGUGGACUGGAUAACACUGCUGGCCCUCUACCUGUUUCUGUCACUGAUGUACUGGAUCCUUACAUAGGUAAUACAGUCAAAGAUCUCUUGAAAAACUUCAAAAGAAGACCCGGCAACAGUGUCAUUCUCAUUCUCAAGGAGUAACAAGUCAUAUUUAAAGUGCAUCUUUUUCAUGUUGUUUUUUCUUAAACUAUUUUUUAAUUUAAUCCAAUCUUUACACUUAAACUGAUAAGCACUAAACACCUAAUCUCAUUUGUUUCACUAAACUCUUUUAAAAUGAAUGUGUUAGUUAUAGGCAUAGUGGCACAUAUAAAAACAUAUUGAGAUUACUGUACAAUAUUCACUUGCCAGUACAGGUAUGGGACCUUUUAUCCAGAAUGCUCAGGACCUGGGUUUUUUCAGAUA